AUGGACUAUUCCAAGGCUAGCGAGCCUCUGCAAAUGCCCCCGAUACCGGAUCGGACGAGCAUCCAAUCUCAUUUGGACAACUAUGGACUGGAAUACACCCCAGACGGCGAGUUCAUCCGGUGGUCAGCUUCAAACAUAAACCAUCCUCGGAAUUGGCCUCUUCUGCGGAAGAUCUACGACAGCAGCUUGAUUAUAUUCUUGGAUCUCUUCACCACUGCCAUCAGUACCGCCGGAAGCUCGGCAGCAGACCAUGCUCGUCAUGAAUUUGGAGUAGAAAAAACCUUGGCUCUAUUCGUCUUCGUCUCUGUGUAUCUAUUGGGCCAAAUGGUAGGCGGGAUUAUCUUUCCUCCCUACUCCGAAGCGUUCGGCCGCAAGAAACUCUACAUAAUCAGCACUGGCUUCUAUAGUAUCUUCUGCGUGAUAGUUGGCAUUGUACCUUCUAUUGCGGGAGUGGUGGUUGGCCGAUUUUUUUCGGGCUUCUUAUCGGCGAUACCUACCAUCGUCGUGGCAGGCAGCAUUGAAGACAUGUUCAAUUCGAGAGAUCGGAUCUGGCUGAUAUUCCUAUGGGCCAUGGUCGCAAACUUAGGUCUUGCAUUGGGUCCUAUUAUGAGUAUCUAUAUCACAGUGCAUCUCGGCUGGCAAUGGGUCUUCUACGUCGCCGCCGUGGUCACCGCCGUGAUAACCAUCUUCCUCUUUGGAAUACGCGAAUCACGACCGUCGCUACUUCUCGAUCGUGAAGUUGCCAAGAUCCGCAAGGAAAGCGGCAACAACACCUUACAGGCACUAAAUCCUGACAGUACCCCGGACUUGAAGACGUUUGCGCGAAUGGUUCUCUUCCGUCCUAUUCAGCUCUUCUUCACAGAGCCUAUCGUCUUCAUGGUGGCAACGAUGAGUGCAGUCGCAUUUGCCUUGAUCUAUCUAUUUACCGAGGCCCUCCCACCAAUCUACGAAUCGAUGGGCUUCUCCAGUACAUCGUCCUGUCUACCUUUCAUUGCAAUCUGUAUCGGCCUGGUGUCGGGACUGCUCACCCGGAUACAAGAUCAUCGCACCAUCGUCAAAUAUGAGGAGCAGGGAAUCCCACUGAAACCAGAGCACAAACUUCUCGGCUUCUCAAUUGGUGCGCCUGUGUUGGCCAUAGGUCUAUGGUGGUUCGCAUGGACGAUACCCCCUCUGGUCACUAACGUUCAUUGGGUUGUUUCUACUAUUGCUCUUGUUCUUAUCGGAUACGCCCUAAAUGAGUUCGAUUCUGUUCUUGCAGGUUAUCUCGCUGACAGUUACCUGAGUUAUGCUGCCAGUGGAUUUGCAGCCCUAUCCCUCGUUCGGUCGUCUAUGUCUGCUGCUUUCCCUUUAUUUGCGAGGCAGAUGUAUGAGGGGCUAGGCGCAAACGUCGCAUCAUCGAUCCUGGCUGCGCUGGCAACUGUGUUCUGUAUUGUCCCGCCUCUAUUUAACAGAUACGGUGAGCAAAUCCGGGCGAGAAGUAAAUUUGCUCGAUACAGCCUACAGGUGUAUCAGGAGAAUGGUGUGGAUAAGAAUGGUUACUGA